UUUUGUUUGUAGCCUCCACUUCCGGUUUCAGUGAACAUAGGGGCACGUGUGCGUCAUGCUGUUUUGUGUUUAAUUAUUGCAUCAAAGCAAUUUGAAUUUAUAUUUUACAGAAAAGAGAAAUAGUAGAGUUGUUUGAAACGUGUACCCAGUAAGAAGUCAGAAAAAUGGAAAACGGAAAAGAAGAAGUUAAAACUGAGAAUGCGAGUGAUGCUGCAACCGAUGAGGUUAAAUGCGAGAAGCCGGUUUCUAAGGUCGAAGAAAAUUCCAUAAAAAAUGAGGAAACUGAGGAGCCAUCCAGUGAGCUUUUGAAUAAGAUAAGGAAUCAAAUUGAGUUUUACUUUGGAGAUGUUAAUAUGCAAAGAGAUAAAUUUCUUAUUGAACAAACGAAAUUGGACGAUGGCUGGGUACCAAUGUCUAUUAUGUUGAAUUUUAAAAUGCUAGCUUCUAUGAGUACAGAUACUGAUGUGAUAUUGAAAGCUUUAGAAUCUAGUGAACUCAUAGAAAUAGCAGAGGACAAAAAAAAGAUUCGUCGUUCACCGAAACACCCCCUACCUGUUUAUAAUGAAGAAUAUAGAAAAGCACAAGAAGCUAGAACAGCUUAUAUAAAAGGGUUUCCAUUAAACGAUACAAAUAUUGAGAAACUUAAAAACUUCUUCAACGAUUUUGAAUCAUUUGAAAAUAUUAUUAUGAGAAAAUAUAUUGAUGCGGAUAAGAAAUUACAGUUCAAAGGAUCUAUCUUUGUACAGUUCAAGACAUUAGAAGAUGCAAAAGCUUUUAUGGCUAGAGACUCUGUGAAAUAUGGUGAUACUGAAUUAAUUAGGAAGUGGUCAGCAGAUUACAGCGUAGAAAAAGCGAAAGAGAAGGAAGAGAGAAAACAGAAGAGAUCUGAACAAAAAGCCAAAAAAAAUGAUACUGGAAAAGAGAAGGAUAAUGAGGAAAGUGGAGAAGAAAAUGAAAAGGAGUCAGCUUUACCUAAAGGUUGUGUAAUUCAUUUUUCUGAUGUACCUGAUAAAUGCACAAGAGAGGACAUCAAAGAACGUCUGGGUGAACUUCAAGCCAGUAUUGCAUUCGUUGAUUUUAAGAUGGGGGACAAAGAAGGUUGGGUUCGCCUACAAGGCGAGAAUUCUGCAAAAACUGUAGUUGAUAAAAUGGAAAACAACAAAGUAACGAUUCGUGACAAAGACGUUGCUUGCCGAAUACUUGAAGGCGAGGAAGAGGAGAAAUACCUUGCAAAAGCGAAAGAAGAAAUGACGAAUUCCAGGCAAAAGUACAAUAAAGGAAAACGUGCAGGCAAAAAGGGUCGUAAUGUACAACGGGGUCAGAGAAAGAGGCGUAGCAGUGAAACUAAUGACGAAGUACCAGCUAAGAAAGCGAAUGUCGAAUGAAAUAAAUCUAGAUAAUAAUGACAAGUUAAACAAAUUCCACACUUUCUCUGCUAUGUAUAUUAAUCCUAUUUUUAUUAUGUGGAAAGACACAGACACAUGUAUAGUUCGUAAAACAUAGAACGUUACACUGCUACAAACUCAAAGUAGUCAUCUACUUUAUGCGCAUAUUUUUUUGUUAGAUGUCAGCAGUGUGUAUAUUAUUUAAGAGAUAAAAAUACGACACUGUUUAUAU